AUGAAGUUAAAGGUGAAGAACAUAAGGAAAGUGCUCAGAGCCUCUUCAAAGACGGAUUCCUUUGGGCAGAGUGAGUUGCACAGAGCAGCGUUUGUAGGAGACACAGAAAGUGUGAAGAAGCUGCUGGCAAGAGGAUUCAACUACUAUCUACGAGAUAAAGAGGGUAAGACGCCCCUACACAUUGCUCUGCUUGGCAGCAAAAAGGCAGUAGCUGAGCUCCUGGUAGAUGGUGGUUGCACAAGGAAUGUCCUAGAUAGAAAUGGCAGCACUCCUUUGCAUCUAGCUGCAUAUAAUGGAUAUGAUGGAAUAGUGAAAAAGCUGUUAGAAGCCGGUGGAGACACGCGUAUGCCAGAUAAGUGGGGGAAUACGCCUGUGCUCUGCGCUCUAAAUUCUAGGGAGGAGGCUUCUGCAGAGCUUCUUGUGGACAUGGACGUCACUAAUAAUAUCCCAGGUAUUGAUGGCUGCACUCCUCUGCAUCGCGCUGCAUAUCUGGGGUACGAGGGAGUAGUCUGGAAGCUGCUGACUGCAGGAGCAGACACUCGUGUGCACGACAGAAGGGGACACACGCCCCUGCACCGCGCUCUGUUGCGUAGGAUGGGUCAGGUACAUAGGAAUGAGGCUGUAGCAGAGCUCCUGGUGGACGUGGACUGCACAAAUGACAUUCCAGAUUUCCACUUUGGCAAAACUCCUCUGCAUCUCGCAGCAGGGAGAGGAUUUAUUGGAACAGUGAGGAAAUUACUUUUUGGUCAUGUGCAUCCCCAUAUGAAAGAUUCUAUGGGAGGCUAUCCCCUGUGCGCUGCUUUUUAUGGAGGACACCACGAUGUCGUGAAAGUGAUCCUGGAGGCAUGUGCGUUGAGAGACAUCGAGAUCGACUGGAAGCAGGUUUCGCUCCCGAAGGAUCAUAUUCGGCACUAUAUCACUCUGCUCUCUGAGUGCGAAGCCGAGAUGCAGAGGAUGAGAGUUACCCGGGUUCACGAGUCAAGGCUGUCCUUCUACGACGUCGUCAAGCGACAUGUGUGCCGUGUCACCCCGUAUCUUCGUAUCGACAGCAUCGUCCAUGUCUUUGCCAGCAGUUUUCAACUGAUGCUGGACUUUCCCCACUAUGCCGACUUCAUUGCACACAAACUGGGGUGUGCCAAGAAGAGGAGGGCCCUCGCCAACAGGUGUGUGGCAUGCUUCUCCCUCCCGGCCUGGAAGUUGCCUCCCCUGCCACCGACGGUCACAGACAUCCUGUUUCUCUGUCUCAGUGACAGCGACAUGCGAAACUUCAUUUGUGCUGUUGAUGGCAAGUCUUGAAAAAUCCCUUA